AUGGAGCUCCUUCCAAGGCUUUCUGCAGAGCGUAACCUUCUAGGCACCGACGACUGUGAUGCUCCUUUGAAUCGUGUGGCGGCCGAUGAGGGAAAUGCAGCCCUCAAAACAAGAAACCAGGUGCCUUCUAACCAACAGGUGCAACAAGCGAGCAGUGAAUGCGGAGCUGAUAAAAAGCGCCUUGAGUUCCAGCAGGCGCUUGAAGUACGAUUCGGCCCUCCUUCCCUUGCCUCUGCUCGGAAUUCAACGGAUCGCACAAGUUUCCCGCCAGCAGCUAGGCCCAUUCACGACGGGUCCGACGAACACAUAGGGAGUUUUCCUCCAAAAGCGUGCGAAGAAAGGCAGAAGGGGGAAACAGGAGGAACGCAGCAGGACAAUGACAUACUCGAUGAUGACGUCACGCGCACACUAGUGGUUGCUGGAGCGUGGGGUCCAGGUCGCCACGGUUUACCUCCCUAUGCUGCUAUCCGAGGUGAAGUUUGGGGGAGCUUUGAGUUCAGUGUAGACCCUUCACCCCACUCAAGAUUGUUUACUUUCGAGCCCUCGAAGGGGACUGUCUACCAUGGAAGCAAGCAAAUGAUUCGUGUUCUCUUUUCUCCUCAGAACCCGACACCCACAGAGGAACGCAUCCGCAGUGUGUUGAGCCAUAUACCACCUGGAGCUCUGAAAACCCAAGAGGUGACGGCUACGGCAAGGCUUUACUACCGCGGAGCCCCCGGAACAUCAUACUCACAGGGCCAAGAAGUGGCAAUGAUACGGUUGAUAGCGCCUUUCUCUGGCGCAUUAUGA